UAGUGGAGAAGCUUAGUCGAUUGGCGACCAGCCGAUCAGUACUGGUUUUGAUCUAACCUAUGGUACAUCUCGGCUUGAGUACAAACUUGACACGUCAGGCCGACGUAAACCACAAGUGGAAUUAUUGCAUUUCCCAACGAAGUACAAGCUUUCUAUCUAUAUAUAACGAAGGACGUUAAUCGACGAGAAUCAUCAGAGCGAAACAGGAAAAUCCCCGCUCGAUCUGACCUAUAAGAGAAAAGGAGGGAAAGAAGAAAAUUCCUAUAAAACGAGAUUGACAAAGAGUUACAUGUUGAUAUCACAAAUAAACAUGAUGUCUAUCAGCUUAUUAGUCUUUUUCCUCGCUUUAACAGCAAUCGAUGCACAAAAUGAAUGUUCAAAUGGUGAUGCUAAUUGCGUCAACAUUCGCAAAUGUCCGGAGGUCAUAUCUCUCUUGACAAGUUCAAGACCGCUUUCAGCGGAGACAUUGCAGACUCUUAGAAAUUUGCAAUGUGGCUUUGAAGGCAGCGACCCGAAGGUUUGUUGCAGUCAGGCAUCAACAACAACGACAGAGACACCAGAUCCAGAAAACCUUCCAAAUCCACCAGAUGUGACGAACCAUCCGAAUCUACGUCUGUUGGAUCAUACAUUGUGUGGGCCCAUCACUCAGACGAAGGUAUUCGGCGGCAACAAGACUGGAAUUUUCCAGUAUCCAUGGAUGGCGUUAAUCGCAUACGAUACUGGAAGACCAAAUCCGGAAUUCCGUUGUGGCGGCUCGAUCAUCUCCUCGCGCUACGUCCUCACCGCCGCUCAUUGUGUUACUUUCCUCCCAGGGAGUCUACGACUAAUAGGCGUCAGGGUAGGGGAUCACGACUUAAGCAAGGAACGUGACUGCGAUACGAAUAACAAAGGACUUGAGGUCGUGUGUGCCGAGAGAUAUCAGGAUUUCGGUGUGGAAAGCGUCCAGUUCCAUCCGGAAUACACAAGAACAAAGCUGCAAAAUGACAUCGCGCUUAUUAGGUUGAAUAGUACAGUGGAUUUCAGACCUCGGAAUGUCAAACCCGUUUGUCUGCCUCAUGGCACUGCGACAGCACUAAAUCAUAACAGGGCUGUAGUGACCGGUUGGGGCGCGACGGAGUUGGGACCGCGCAGUCAGGAUCUCCUGCAAGCGAAGCUACCACUAGUGGCCAUUGAACAGUGUAAAGAAAUAUAUAAGCGGAUCACAGAGAUCUGGUACAAGCAGCUAUGUGCCGGCGGCCAAUUGAACGUGGACUCCUGUUUGGGUGACAGCGGUGGACCUCUCCAAGCAGCUGGUAUAUACAAUAGUAGAUCAAUACGCAUCGUCCAGUACGGCGUGGUCAGUUACGGAUCGAAGCAGUGCGGUACUGAGGGAUUGCCCGGAGUUUACACCAAUGUCGCCUACUACAUGGACUGGAUUCUCAACACACUGACAGAAUAAAGCGAGACUGAAACAUUGCGGAACGAAGUCUUUCAUAUUGAAUUCUUUUAAUUUCCGUACUCGAAAUGAGGUGACACAAACGCGAUAAUCCCCAUCGUGGUAAGAACGAGAAUUUAGCAAGAAUUAAAUUUGGCGCGUUCGAUAAAUACGUAGAUAAAUAAAAUUGAUUUCAAAAGAUUGGCAAAACGAGUAAAAUUACUACAGCAGAGAAGGAACAUCUUUAAUGCUUGUGGAAACAGGCGGUUUAGGUGUCUAGGAAGGUGAUUCGCAAAAUACCGUUCGUGGAUGUUUUUAAUUAAUAAAAAUAAUUAGUGUUAAUUUUAAAAACUUUUGUUAUCCUUUUAGUAGAAUAAAGUCUUACUGUCGAUACAACUUUAUUCUAUUAGACGGAGUUUUCUCGGGAUUGCGACUUAAAUUAUAUUUUACACUAUUUUGUUGCAUGUGAGAUAAGCGUGUAAUAUCUUCGAGAAGAAAAAAAAACAAAAAAGAGAGAGGAAGAGAGUUUUUUGCUCGCUCUAAUGAAUAUAUGUGCUAAACCGAUGCGUGAUUAUGAUUUAUACGUUAACUUAUCAUGUUUUUACGCUUUAUAAUAUAUUGAUCGAUAUAAUAAAUCAUUUUUCUAUAAAAAA